AUGGGUCGCAUGCACUCGCACGGAAAGGGCAUGAGCAAGUCCGCUCGCCCGUACAAGCGCUCGCCGCCGUCGUGGCUCAAGGUGUCGGCGGAGGACGUGGAAGACCACAUUUGCAAGUUCGCCAAGAAGGGUCUGACGCCGUCGCAGAUUGGCGUGAUCCUGCGUGACUCGCACGGCAUUGCCCAAGUCAAGAGCGUGACUGGCUCCAAGGUGCUGCGUGUGCUCAAGAAGAACGGCCUUGCUCCUGAGCUGCCGGAGGACUUGUACAUGCUCAUCAAGAAGGCCGUGGCUGUGCGCAAACACCUGGAGCGCAACCGUCAGGACAAGGACUCCAAGUUCCGUCUGAUCCUCAUUGAGUCGCGUAUCCACCGCCUCGCUCGUUACUACCGCAAGAACCGCAAGCUCUCGCCCAACUGGAAGUACGAGUCGGCCACGGCCUCGACGCUGGUGGCAUAA